AUGACCGUGACCUUCUUCUCCCGACUAGAUCUCCAGGAGGGCCUCCAGACCCUCUCUGUUUUGCAGUGGAUCCCAAGCUACAUCAUUUUAGGGGCUAUUCCCAUUCUGCUCAUACCCUACUUUCUGGUGUUCACCAAGUUCUGGUCGGCGUCUGUGCUCGCGUUGGCCUGGCUCGUCUAUGACUGGAACACCCACAGUCAAGGCGGCAGGCGUUCUGCUUGGGUACGGAACUGGACCCUCUGGAAGUAUUUCCGAAAUUACUUCCCAGUAAAGCUAGUGAAGACUCACGACCUGUCUCCCAAACACAACUACAUCAUUGCCAACCACCCACAUGGCAUUGUCUCUUAUGGUGCCUUCAUCAACUUCGCCACUGAGGCCACUGGCUUCGCUCAGAUGUUCCCAUCCAUCAGUCCCUCUCUAGCAACCUUGGAAGGAAUCUUCUGGAUCCCCAUUGUGCGUGAUUAUGUGAUGUCAAUGGGUUUGUGCCCAGUGAGUAAGUUGGCCUUGAAUUACUUGCUGACCAAAAAAGGCUCAGGUAAUGCUGUGAUUAUUGUGGUGGGUGGAGCUACAGAAGCCCUCUUGAGCAAACCAGGAACCUCCAUCAUCUUCCUCAAAGAACGGAAAGGUUUUGUGAAGUUGGCACUGAAGACAGGGGCCUAUCUUGUCCCUUCCUAUACCUUUGGGGAGAAUGAGGUUCACAAUCAGACGACCUUCCCUGAGGGCACAUGGAAAAGGAUCUUCCAAAAACACUUCCAGAACAUAGGCAAAAGAAUCCUGGGGAUCAACUUCUGUACCUUCCACGGCCGAGGCCUCACUCGUGGGUCCUGGGGCUUUCUGCCUUUCAAUCGACCUGUUACCACUGUCGUUGGGGAGCCCCUGCCAGUCCCCAGGAUUAACAGACCCAGCAAGGAGAUGGUAGACAAGUACCAUGCACUCUACAUCCGCGCCCUGCACAAGCUGUUUGACCAGCACAAAGUUGAAUAUGGCCUCCCUGAGACCCAGGAGCUGACAGUCAUUUAACAGGAGCCAAAGUCCCCAUAAGCAAACCCCAAAAGCCAUGGGGGAUUUCAAGUAGAGCCUUAGGGAAAGAAGAAUUUAGGGAGAGAAGAGGAGAUCAAGGAUGGGAAGCGAAGCCAGCCAAGCCAGAUACUACUCAAUGAGUCAGGGUUCCGACAGUGACAUCCCCUCUCAAGUGCCCAGAGCAGGUUUGAGGGACAGAACCAAAGGGGCAGAGGAG